CCCUAUCUCUGGGGGGUGGCCCACUGCCCUUGGCCUGGGCAGCCUCUGGCAAGCCCAGGCCUUCGCGUGCCAAGCCCCAUCCAGGGGGGCCGGCAUAGCCGCCAUCCUGUGCGCUGGGGAAGCUCCCACCUGCUCCCCUGACCUCAGCCCUGCAGCCCCACCCCCUCCAGCUGCCGGCAGGGCUCUGCUCCACCCACCACUUUACAGUUGCCAUGAGAACUCCCUCCGGAGGCAGGCACACUGCCUGCAGGCGUGGGAGAGGGGCUGGUGGCCAGGCCUCCCCAAUUCCAGUGCCCAGAGAGCGGCACACCCAGGCGGCAGCGGGAGAGCAGUCACUGAGUAGCUGCUGGGGGUCCAUAGGGUCCCCAUGAGCCCACAGCCUGUGAGGUUGACUGUCUUUGCGGUGGCUGCUUAAUGUAGGGGCCACACCAACCUGAAACUUGCCUCAGGCCCCUUCACUGAACUCCAGUGGGGCAGGUCCCAGCCUUUGAAGCCAAGGGCAUCAGUGGCCCGCCCCUCUGCUAAGCAGUUUCCUGGUUCAGCAUCUUGUUUGGGUGGGGGCCGGAAGGGAGGCUCUCGCCAUGCAGUUUAUGAGGGGGCCGUGUGCAGACCUGUCCAGGGCAGUGGCGGCCUCCACCCGCCCGGACCCUGGAUGGAAAGAGCUCAGGAGGAUGCCCUUGCCCGGGAGAGGCUGGGCACCCUGAGGACAGGAGGCUGCAGGCACUCAGGUCAUGCCCAUCUGGCCCCAGGGACCUGGGGAGUGGUUGGCACCUCCAGCUUUGCAGCGCAGAGGCCGGCAGGGCAGGGAGCAACCCAUCUGCUCCCAGCUGGCUGGGCUGAGCCAAGGCCUGAGUUCCGGGAGCUGCCCACAGCGCUGCCCAGGGCCUGGGCCUCCUCCAGACUCCUGCUCCAAGGCCUGCCAGGCUACCAGCUGCCAUCCGGCAGGUGUCCUGGAGAUGGAGGGCUGACAGUACCUCCGGGUGCUCUCUGGCUCAGGUCCCCAAAUCAAACUCCCCAGGUCUGCACCUUGGGGGUGCAGAGAGCUUGUCACGCGCCCAGCCCAACCCCAAUCCGGAGCCAGCGGGCCACGCGGGUCCCAAGCCCACGGCGCGGCCCCUUUAAGUGCAGUCCUGACGGCCGCCGUCGGGGGCAGCAUUGAGCGGCCCGGCGGCCUCGCGCCGCUGCCUCGAAGCUUCUGCCGGUGCCGGGGACGCGGCGGAGCCGGGGACGGCGGAGGGCUCACGGGCCUGGGUAGCGCACCCGGCGCGGUGGGGGAGCACCGCCCAGGUAAGGGGUCGGGGCCGCUGCCCCGCGCGUCCUCCACGGGCAAGGCGCCCGCAAGGAUGGGGGUGCCGCUCCCUGACGACACCGGCUGGUCCCCACCUGGCGCUCGCUCGCUCGCUCGCGGCUGGGGCCGGGCGGAGCGGCGGGGAGGGCCACCUGCCGGGCUCAUUAGGCCUAGGACCCCCACCGGGGCGGCCAUCCCACCCCAUCCCCGCGGGAAGGGGUGUCGCCAGUGUAGCUCCUCACGGCAGCACCGAGGCCGGGCUGUCACCUCCCUGGGGCGGAGCCUCACACCCAGUCAUCCAGCCCCCAAUUCCGGCCUGGCUUUGAGCUUAGGAUGGAAGGAGGCGGGAGGGGGAUGGUCCUGUGAGCCAGGGGUGGCUGGGGUGGGCCCGAGGCUGAGAUGGGCCUGGGCCUGAGUGGCCCUGAGCCAGCCAGGCGGCCCUGUGGGCAGGAAGCCCCUUACACACCUGGGACACAGAAGGUCAGUCAGAGCAGAGGUUCUCCAGGUGAGAGUCCAGCUCCCCCUUCCCCCAGCUCAUCCUAGCGCGUGCUCCCCCAGACUGCGUGAGGAGGUGGAGACCCUGUCCCACUGUCUGAGCCCCUCCCCAGCCUGCCCUGGUUCUGUGCACCACGGAGAAGCCAGUGGCCCGAGUCUGAAUAUGAGCCUGGUCCAGAGGGCUGGACCCUAGCUCGGCGUGCAGCUUGCAGGCGGAGGGAACCUCGGGUUUCCAUGGAGCCCUCCCGAGCUGCUGUGGGGAGGGCCUCCCUGAGGAUCAGGGGCGGUAGCAGGGGCUCUACCCGCCCACUGCCCUGCUUCCCAGGCUGGCAGCCUCCUGGCCUGGUGCACUGCUCGGGGGAACAGGCCCCCACGUGGCCGCGCCGCCAGGGCCUGGUUUCCGGCCGCAGUGCACUCACUGCAAAGAUGAGGGCUCGCUCUCUGGGCCUUGUCAUGACAGCCCCAAAGAGCUUGGGGGUUUCAGCCACCCCAAGAUCGGAGAGGGGGGUGUCGGAGGAGGUUUCUGCCAGGGAAAGAGAGCUGUAGGGCCCAGGUAUGCUCUUUGGAGGGAUUAUACUGGCCUGGGCCACACGGCGAGUUGAGGGUGGGGCGGGCAAGUCCGUGAGACGAGGCGGGACCGGCCGGGGCCACCUCGGGGCCCCUCUGGGGCCUCUGGACUGGGCUCCACACAGUGCUGGGGGAGGAGUCCCUGUCCAGCCCGAUCUGCAGCUGGGGUGGGAGGCUCAGGGGACUCGAAACGGGGCUGCUUGAGGCUGGGGCCCCAGACGGCCCUGCACACCACCAGGAGGCGCCAUCCGCCUGGAUGCUGCUCUGUGGAGCCGUCACUCCUGAAGAGGUCUGUGACGGCCCUAAAAGAGCAGGCACGUGGUCCAGCGGUGGGCACCACGGUGGUGGUCCUGGGACCGCACCCUCACUCUUCCUACCCCACUGCUGGCCUGUCCCAGAAGGGGGGGGGGUUGGUCUACCCAAGCCUGCCCGGUGGUCACUAGUGGGUGCAGGAGCUCAAGAACCACUGCAGUGGCGUCCCCUCUGGCUGACCCGCCUCAUCCCAGCAGAAAGUGGCCCAGAAAGGACGGUCUGGAUGAGGGGGCAGGACCUGAGUGGCCGGACAGCUGAGUUCCUCCUGCAGGUGCUUCUGAUGCCAGCAUGGAGCAAGCGCCUGCGGCCUCGGCCAAGGCCCGCAGCGAGGGCUGCCCUGCCCUCUGUGCCCCAGGAGAAAGCCCCGCACGGCUGAGUGAGUUGCAGCCCGGAGACUUCUUUUAAGAUGACCCGCACAGACCCGCCGGACCUGCUGGUGUCAACCGUGUACCAGGACAUCAAGGUGGCGGCCCCGGGGCCCGGGUCCAGGCCCCCGCCAUGUGAGCGCUCCAUGGCUCGGCCUGCUGCGCCCGUGCCUUUCAACAAGCGCCACUGCCGCAGCUUUGAUUUCCUGGAGGCGCUGGACGGGGUGGCCAUGGAGGCCCAGCCAGAGCCGCCGCCGCCGCCGCCGCCGGAGCCCGCCCCGCCGCGCGCCCGGUCCCGCGACAGCGAGCCCCGGCGCCGCGCCCGCUCCAAGAGCGCCCCCCGCGCGCCCCCGGGCCUGGCGCCCGCGCCCGCCUCACCACCCGUGCUGCCGCGCCGAGGCCGGGAGGCCCAGCGGGCGGCGCGAGUCGAGGCGUCGCCCCGCCGGGAGCCUGCGUACCCCACGCUGCGCGCGCUGGCCAACGAGCUGCACCCCAUUAAGCUGCAGCCGCAGCGGGGCGGUCCCGGCCGCAUGGCGCCUCUCUGCGCCGCUGCCAACCGCUGCGCGCCCGCGGAGCCACCGGCGGGGCCCGCCCCCCACGUGCGCUGCCGUCUGGACAUCAAGCCGGACGACUCGGUGCUGCAGCACGCCGCGCGGGGCUCUCGGCCCUGCGGGCCCGCCGAGAGCGCGCCCUGGCCCCGCGCGGCGCCGCAAAUCCACGGCCUCACGGUGCCCGGGCCUCGCCACAUGGCGCUCUCGCGCACCCCUACCCCCAGUGACUCGUACUGCGCCGAUCCCCGGGCGCUGUACUGCGACGGGCCCCUUCCCGGGCCCCGGGACUACGCGGAGCGCCGGAGUCUGCCUUUCACCACCCCGCCGGGCCCCACCCAAUUCUUCUACACCGAGGAACCCGAGGGCCACCCCGGGAGCUUCAUGGCCAGCCCUGGGCCGCCCUUCGACAGCUACUACCCCAGGCCCUUUCUGUCCGAAGAGCCCCCGGGGCCCAGUCCCAGGCGCGGGGGCGGCUACUAUGCGGGGGAAGUUCGCACCUUCCCGGUGCAAGAAGCGCCCUCCCGGUCCUACUAUGGGGAGGCCCCCCGAGCCUACGGCCCGCCGCCCUGCGGACCCCGCUAUGCCGCGGAAGAGCCCCGGGCCCACCCGGCCGCCCACCCCUUUUACACGGAGGACUUCGGGCGGUACCGCAAUCGAGACGCCCUGGCUCGGACUUACCCACACCCUCGCGGUAGCACGGCCUGGGGCGACUGGGGCCCGAGGCCUUACCGCACCCUGCAGGUGGCGCCUCCGCCGGACCCCGGCCCGUUGCUCGCCUCCUGGCACGGCGGCACGGGCACCAGCCCCCCGCGGCUGGCGACAGACAGCCGCCACUACUCGCGCUCCUGGGACAACAUUCUGGCGCCUGGGCCGCGCCGAGAAGACCCCCUGGGCCGCGGCCGUAGUUACGAGAACCUGCUGGGGCGCGAGGCGCGAGAGCCGCGGGGCGCGUCCCCUGAGGGCCGGCGCCCGCCCGUCAUCGUGAACCUGUCCACCUCGCCCAGACGCUACGCGGCGCUGUCGCUGUCCGAAACGUCGCUGUCGGAGAAGGGCCGCCCGGGCGACGGCCCGGGACGAAACUGGUACGUCACGCCCGAGAUCACCAUCACCGACAACGACCUGCGCGCCGCCGAGCGCCCGCCCGCCAGGAGCUGGGAACUGCCGGGGAGCCGCCCGCGGCCACCUCCGCCUGCCGCCGCCGAGGGCCCUGCCUCUGGCCGCCAGCGCAGCCUCGAACAGCUGGACGAGCUCAUCACCGACCUGGUCAUUGAUUCGCGGCCCCCGGCAGGGCAAGCGCCCGAGCCCUCGGCCGACGGCCUGGGCCGCCAGCUGCGCCGCCUGCUGGACUCGCGGCCCUCGGGCCCCGGAGUCCCCGCGCUUGCGCCCCGCUCGCCCCCCGCGUCGGCCGGAAGCGCGGAGGAGCCCUCGGGCCCGGGGCAGGCGGCCGACGCGUCCCCCGAGCCCAGCGCCGACGAGGACGACCUGAUGACGUGCUCGAACGCGCGCUGCGGGCGCACGGAGACCAUGUUCAACGCCUGCCUCUACUUCAAGUCCUGUCACAGCUGCUACACCUACUACUGCUCGCGCCUGUGCCGCCGCGAGGACUGGGACGCGCACAAGGCGCGCUGCGUGUACGGCCGCGUGGGCAGCGUGUGCCGACACGUGCUGCAGUUCUGCCGAGACAGCGGCCCGGUACACCGCGCCUUCUCGCGCAUCGCGCGGGUGGGCUUCCUGUCGCGCGGCCGCGGCGUGCUCUUCCUGGGCUUCCCGAGCCCCGGCUCCGCAGACAACUUCCUGCGCUUCGGCCUCGAAGGGCUGCUGCUGUCCCCCACCUACCUGUCCCUGCGCGAGCUGGCUACGCACGCGGCGCCCCUGGGCAGCUACGCCCGCGAGCUGGCGGCUGCCGGGCGCCUCUACGAGCCGGCCGAGUGCUUCCUGCUCAGCGUGUCAGUGGCCGUGGGCCCCAGCGCGGCGCCGCCCGGCGCCCCUGCCCGGCCGGCGCCCGCGCCUCGCAGCCCGGGACCCACGGUGCGCAAGUUCGCCAAAGUGGCGCUGGCGGCUGGCAGCCCAGCGCGGCCGCCCCCGGCGCGGGGCCGCGAACCCGACAUGGAGACGCUGAUCCUGACGCCACCGCCUGGCACGGCCGGCCUGGACCAGGAGGGCGAGGCGGGCCGCCGAGCUCGAGAAGUGGCCUUCAUUCACAUCCAGCGAGAGCUGCGGCUGCGCGGCGUCUUCCUGCGCCACGAGUUCCCGCGCGUCUACGAGCAGCUCUGCGAGUUCGUCGAGGACAACCGGCGCUUCACGCCCACCACCAUCUACCCCACGGACCGCCGCACCGGCCGCCCCUUCAUGUGUAUGAUCAUGGCCGCCUCCGAGCCGCGCGCGCUCGACUGGGUGGCCAGUGCCAACCUGUUGGAUGACAUCAUGUGAGCCGCGGGGGCGCGUCCGGGGCCGGCCCAGACCACCUGGGGCCCACCCUGAACCCCCAUCCAGUCCCCCCGAACUCCGCCCAGUCGGCUAGGCCCCGCCCCCGUGCCGCCCCGAGCUCGCCAGGCCCCGCCCAGCUCGCCGCAAGACCCGCCCGCCCCUUCGCGCUCCUCACCCGCUCGGCCUUUCCCUCCCCACUCCGGCGACCGCCCGACCAGUCCUGACCAGCUCCCUCUCCCGCAUCUCGCCCUCGGGCCUCCCCAGAGGCGAGUCCUCGGCCGCUUGGUGCUCCCCGCUAGGAGACGGGGUGGAUCUGAGGGCCGCUCCGCUCUGCCUUCACGCGGAGGGGUCACUGCGGCAGACCCCCAUCGCGCACCACCCGGUUCGCCCUCCUCCCCUGUCUGUCGGCAAGGCCUCCCUGGAACCUCCCCAACCCCGGCUCGCCCUGGUGCAGGAGCCCGAGUUGACCAAAGUCUAGUCCUGUCCCUUCCAACACGUUCCCCACCGGCCUGCAGUGGCCUGAGAUGCGUCCUGCCCAGAGGCCCUUCCUCUCUGGAGGACACCCUGAUCGGCCUCGGUGUGUCCGCAUCUCGAGCUCGUACUGGUCUGUUGGGCAGGGCCGGCAGGGACCUGAGCGAGGCGUUUCCGCUUAGCCCCAGUCCCGCCUGUGCGGGACCCCACCUUGAGCCCACACAUUGAGGGCGCUGCCCACCCUGCUUCGUGGGUUCCGACAAACCGCAGCGAAGGAGUACUUAGGAGUCUUCAGCCAAGGCGCGAGACACCCAGCCAGGGGGAGAGGGGGUCCU